GGCUCUCAUCUGUCCCACCAUGGAGGUUCUCAUCUAUCCCAUCAUGGAGGCUCCUACCUGUCCCAUUAUGGAAAAUCGAACCUGUCUCAUCACGGAAGCUCACUUAAAAUGCACCAUGGAGGAUCAAAUCUGUCUCAUUAUGGAAGCACUCAUAAGAUCCAUCAUGGAGGAUCACACAUGUCCCAUCAUGGAAACUCCCAUAAGAUCCAUCACGGGGGAUCCCACAUGUCUCAUCAUGGAAGCUAUCACAGUAUGCAUGGAGGGUCAGGCUGCAAAGCAAUCUCCUUUUCUAAGCAUGCUCCUGCCACUCACAGUGCUUCACAAGGAGAUCACAGUUCUCACUUUAGCAGCUCUGGAUCCCAUGGCAGCCGGAAGAACAGUGGUCUGAUAAGCAUUAAUGGAAAGGAAACCAUGCAAAUUCUAAAUGAGCGAUUGUCUUCCUACCUGGAAAAGGUGAGCUCUCUAGAGCAAGAGAAUGCCCAGCUGGAGAGGAAGAUCUGCGAGUGGUAUGAGAAAAACGCUCCUAGCGCCAUCCCAGACUCCAGCCAGUUUUUAAGGAUCAUUUCUGAUCUCCAGAAUCAGAUCUCUGCAGCCACCAUUGAAAACGCCAGGAUUAUGUUGCAGAUUGACAACGCCAGACUGGCCGCCGACGAUUUCAGAAACAAGUAUGAAAUGGAGCUUCAGUUGAGUAAUGGUGUUGAGGCAGAUGUGAAUAAUCUGCGCAGGGUUCUUGAAGGUCUGAACCAAGAGAGAUGUGAGCUGGAGAGGGAGGUUCAGAACCUCGAGGAAGAGCUGCAACAGAUGAAGAGAAACCAUGAGGAGGAGGUAAACUGUCUACGUGCACAGCUGGGCGCGAGAGUUAACGUGGAACUGAACGCUGCCCCAUCCAUAGACCUCAACGGUGCUUUAUCUGAGAUCCGAGACGAGUAUGAAAAUCUGAUGGAGAGGAACCUGAGGGAAGUAGAGAAUAUGUUCCUGCAAAGGAGUGAAGAACUGAACCGCCAGGUGAUAUCAGGCUCAGAGCAGCUCCAAUCCGUACAGACUGAGGCCAUUGAGCUGAGACGCACUGUCCAGACCCUCGAGAUCGAGCUGCAGAGCCAGCUGAGCAUGACUUCAGCUCUGGAGAACACCUUGGCAGAGACUCAAGCCACUUAUGGUUCUCAGCUCGCCCAGAUACAAGGUAUGAUCGACAAUGUGGAAUCCCAGCUGGCACAGAUCCGAUCUGACCUGGAGAGACAGAACUAUGAAUAUAAGGUGCUCAUGGACCAGAAGACCCACCUGGAGAUGGAGAUCGCCACCUACAAACGUCUUCUUGAUGGACAUGACAUCCAAUUUUCUGGGCAUCACGCUUCAAGUGGAAACCAUGGAGCCCACCACACAAUUGUUCAUAAUGCUCCAGAGCACGAACAACAUGAAAACAAAUGCUAGGUGAACAUGGAAGAAUCUGGGCCGGACAAAAAUAAACUAAAGAAGCAAAAUGUCCACUGAUCAAAAAAAUAAGAGUAAUUAAUAUAUUCUCUCCCCGAAAUUCCUCACUGGGACUAAAUAAACUUCAUAAAAACUAGAUCAUUAGUUGGCCAUUAGAACUAGUUUUAGUAAUAGUGAAACUCCAUUAGGAUAUUUAAUUAUUAACCCUACCUUCUCUUUUCUCAACCUCUAACUAUGAAAUGGUAUAUGGUACGUGACGAAUAUAAUGGUUUGUGGGAACAACAUUUUAUAGGCUUUACUGAAAUAGAACUCAACGGUUCCAAUAUCGCAGAGACUUUAGCUUAUAAAUACCUUGUUUUUAUUUAAAAGUC